AUGCCUUCCUCAGCCAAGACCCUAUUUUUCAUUCUCAGUGCGGGCAUUACUGCCCUAGCUGUUGGCUUCAUGGGGUGGGGCAUGUCGACAGGGUGGGCUCGGACGACCAUGGAGUGCACAAGUGGUGGAAGCAGCUUCUUUAAUGGAACCGCUAUGAUCACUUUGAGGCUUUUUGGAGGGAUAUUGAGCAGAUCCUUCUGCCCUUCGUUUGGGCAAAAGGAUCUAGAUUUUCAAGUGGUUCCUAAGCUGAUAGAAAUGGGUAGCGAUGUCCCGGUGGCGCUGCACGCUCUGGUCUUGUGCCUGUUGGCCCUGUGUUUGCUGUUUUCCGCCUGCAGCAUCCUCAUCAGCCUCUACAACGCUGUCAGCAACCCUUACGAGACCUACAUGGGGCCCAUGGGAAUUUAUGUCUGCAGCUCGCUCAGCACAUUCAUGUCAGUUGUCGUCCUCGCCAUAUUUGCGGUGAACGUCAACGUGACCAACAUGGCAGAGGGUCUGGUGGAAAGCUUCUCCGAGGGCUUUGAGGUUGGCCUGAGGAACAAGUCGUCAGAGUUGCUGCUGGGAUACUACCUGGUCAUCCCAUACACGGGACUCUCUCUCUGCGCCAUCGUCGUGAUAUACUUCUACGAGCACGCGGCCUAUAAACAAAGGCGAGAACAGCAGAGGCCCACUGAGGACGCGCCCAAGGAGAUAAUGAUGUAUUAA